AUGAAGGAUGAGGUCAAGACAUCAUCCUCCAUCCAGCAAAUAACUAAUCAUCUUCACAGCAACUCCGCUAGAGGAGCCAGGGUCCAGAGGGUUGAUCCUCCUUUCUGGCCUCGUUUGGGUCGGUUCCGGUUUGGCUGCCCGGGGGUGGGCAUUGCUCAGCAGCCCCCGGGAGGCACGGGAGAGAGUGGACGAAGGGAGGGGAGGAAAAGAGGCGGGGGCAUGGAAUUAUGGAUCGCUGCGUACGGCAGCUGUAAGAGGGUCAUGGUGGCUAAAACGGAUCUAGUCCGUGGUUGGAGACUGGACAGCCCGGCAACAUGGCAAAACCACAAAGUCAAUCAAUCAGUUGCCAGCAAGGUGGUGGUGAUGGUGGUGAUGGGUACGUCGCAAGUUGGGAGGUAUGGGAACAAACUGGGCGGUUGGACAGCCUGCGGGCAACUAACUCGAAGUGGAUUAGAAUCCAAGUCCCGGACAGGUAAGAGUUGCUCCAAAGUAUCUGUAUUACCGAUAUAG